GGGAGUUGGCGCUACAGGCCAGGUGGGGGCCGAGGGCUGCGAUGCGGACGGCGCCGGGGCGGUGACCGGAGCUGCCGCCCGACAUGAACUCGCUGGAGCAGGCGGAAGACCUCAAGGCUUUCGAGAGAAGGCUUACUGAAUAUAUUCACUGCUUGCAGCCUGCCACAGGACGUUGGAGAAUGCUGCUUAUAGUGGUAUCUGUCUGUACAGCUACUGGUGCCUGGAACUGGCUAAUAGAUCCUGAAACACAAAAGGUGUCCUUCUUCACAUCAUUGUGGAAUCACCCAUUUUUUACUAUUAGCUGUAUCACUCUAAUAGGCUUGUUCUUUGCUGGAAUACACAAGAGAGUAGUUGCACCAUCAAUUAUAGCUGCUCGAUGUCGAACUGUUUUGGCAGAGUACAAUAUGUCUUGUGAUGAUACAGGAAAACUAAUUUUGAAACCUAGGCCUCACGUUCAAUGACAAUCUGCACUCAUUGUUAUGGGACCUAAAACAGUCUCUCUUCAAAUAAGUGAUACCGCAAAAAGCCAUAAGGAUUCCUUUUGCAGUUGGAUACGUGAAGGUUAUAGCAACAACAGACAAGAAGUGUGCAAUAUUUCCCAAGAUUGUCUUGAUGAUAACUCAAGUUGUUGGUGCUUCGGUACCUUUGAUUACCUGUGUUCAGUAUUAGUGUCACUUUAGUACUUCAGUUCCUGCAAAGAGUUUUGCAGAUGAAGUAUGCAUCUAUGUUACUAAGUUAAACUUAGAAGCCGAACCUCACUCAGUUUUUAUAAUGUAUUUUUGCAAACUACUGUAAAUAGCAAAUCAAUGCCAACAUUAAACAAAGAGGAAGAUGUGUGGACCUUAUUCCCCUGCACCAGUAUUUCAGGAACAUCUGCUUGCCAUCCUCAUAG